CAGAGCAAAGGAGGAUCUCCUGGCUCUUACUGGCUCGCUCGCAAGUUGUGCAAGCCCAAACACUGCUGCUGCAGCACUGCUGCCCACGCCUGGGAGCGGCCAAGGCAGAGAAGGGCCUGGAUUCGCAACCCGCCCCGCCACGCGUUGCUGCUCUGCUCUGCGCCUGCGAAUGGCAGCUGGUUGCUAGAGGGGAUUUACUAGCUAGCACUGGCAGGCCCCGCCGCCGCCGCCGCCACAUGAUUCGGCCGUCCCGUGACUCUCAUCACUGCGAGGAGCUAAUGGGAACGGUGAAGGACCAGCUGCGACUCCUUUGUAGAGGCGGGAAGAGCUGCUGCUUCGUGCUGCUGCUGCUGCCGCCACCCUCAUGAGAAGGCGUCUCCAUGGCGUCUCCCAGGCUCGAGACCUUCUGUUGCCCCAACCGGGACGCGGCCACGCUGCUGGUGCUGACUUUCCAGCCGGAGGUCUUCUGUGGGGUGUGCAUUGGCAGCGCCUCCGCCAGCCUGCUGCUCACUGUCCUGCAGCUCCUGCCCAAAAAGGGAGCCGGUCCCCGGAAGAUGCCCAAAGCCUCCUCCUCCUCCACCAUCCUCCUCCUCAUCUCUGCCUGUGACAUCCUCGGCUCUCUAGGUAUAAUCUUCAGAUCAACUGUCUGGCUAGGGUUCCCAGGCUUUGUAACAAACAUAUCUAUGGUGAAUGGGACUGAUGUGUGGCCUGCUGCCUUCUGUGUAGGAAGUGCGAUGUGGAUUCAACUCUUGUAUAGUGCUGGCUUUUGGUGGCUGUUUUGCUAUGCUGUAGAUUCCUACUUAGUGGUUAGAAGAUCAGCAGGACUAAGUACAAUUGUGUUGUAUCACAUGAUGACCUGGGGCCUGGCAAUCCUUUUGUGUGUGGAGGGAAUUGCUAUGCUAUACUACCCUUCAGUUUCUAGCUGUGAAAGUGGUCUGGAGCAUGCUAUUCCUCAUUAUGUCACUACCUACGUUCCCCUGGUGCUGGUUUUAGUGGCCAACCCAGUCCUUUUCAGUAGAACAGUGACAGCUGUGGCCUCUCUGCUGAAGGGACGGCAAGGAAUCUACACAGAGAAUGAAAGACGCCUGGGGACAGAGAUAAAAGUCCGGUUUUUUAAAAUUAUGCUGGUAUUCAUUAUUUGCUGGUCAUCAAACAUUAUCAAUGAGAGCCUUCUGUUCUAUCUAGAAAUGCAGCCAGAUAUCAAUGGGAGCAAUUUGAAAAGUGUCCGAAAUUCUGCACUGAUCACAUGGAUUAUAAUGGGAGUAAUGAACCCAAUGCAAGGCUUCCUUUUCACGUUGGCUUUUUAUGGAUGGACUGGGUGGAAACUGAACCUGCAGUGGCGAAAGAGUGAAAUACCAUGGGAAUCUGUGUCCACAUCAACUGCUACUGAAAAUGCCUAUGCCUUGCCAGGUGGAAACUCAGUGAAUUUCCAUGACUCAAAGAAAACAACAGUAGUACCUAACCAUCAGACGGAAGAGACUUUAAGCAUGCUGUCUGAAGGUUCUGAUGCUAGCACAAUUGAAAUCCACAUGUCACAUGGAAACCGUGAACUAGAUGGUAAUGCUGCUGAUGUUUAAUGACUUGAAAGUUACACUGAGGAGCUGGAGACCCAAACUUUAUUUCAUGGAGUAGCUUACUACUUGCUACUCUUCUCUCUUUGAAGUCCAGACUUCCCACCAGUGGUUCCUGCACCAUUCCACUCACAAGCCUGAAUACACUGCUUGUUGUUUUUGGACAACUCCCUAGCCUUUAGUUUGCAAAAGCACAUUAUGGAUAGACUUAGAUAUAGUUGUUCAAAUUCAGAAACAACAGUGUUCUCAUCAAACAAGUGUCAGCUUUGCCGAUGAAUUAAGUGUGUAUCUUGUCUUCCAUUUGCUAUUCCUGAUUAUAUUUAAUAUACACCCACACACAUACAGAACAAAUAUUAUGAUUCCUUAUACACUUCUGGAUUUGAAAAUUUUACUGUUAUUUUUCUACUUCCUUGUGACACAAUAUAAGAUAUGAUAUCCCUUUAAUGGGUCUGCCACUGUCAUUUGAAAGGCUUGUGAUUCUUUAAGGCUCUGAAGAACAAUGUUAGCUAGAGGAUAAGACCAUGAUAGUGCGAGCCAAAAGGGACAGGUCAAAAGUAAGUUUUAUUCAUGUUUCUUGAUAUUAAUUUUUCUUAAAUAAUGAUUUUUUUAAAAAAUUAAGUAAUUAAAGCACAUUAGUAUAUACAAACUUUAAGAAUGCAAACUCAAAUGAUGACUUGCAUGGGCGAAAUAGCCAUUGCUGAGCAAACACAUAGCAACAGCUUUCAUUUCAACUUAUAUGAUCACAAACACUUCUCUUCAAUGGAGAAAUGUUUACAACUUCAGCAGUGCAUUGUUAAGGAUAUGAUUCAUAUUUGAAUCAGCCUUGCAACCAAUCUUCUCAGAAUGAUGGAAUCGGAACCAGUGAUUCCUGUUUGGAAAUUAUAAGCUAUUGUCUGGACUGUGAAUAUGUCAUCACUCCAUGAAUGUAGUCUAGAAAACAAUGAAUUUGGAAGAGGCAAAAUUUGACAUAUAGGCAAUCUCUCUCUUUAAAAAAAAAAAAGAUUUUAUAGCCCUGUAAGCCACAAAAAUAGACAAUUCCUGCAGAAAGUGAGUGUGUGUGUAGUGGCUUUAGUGUACUACAUAGCUCUUUGCCUUCUGAUUAGCAGAAUUACAUAUGUUUUCUUACAGAGUGCAUGUAGCCUUGGAGAAUAUGCAAAACAAAAGAACAUAAAAUGAUACUACGUAAUUUCAGCACCCAAAAGGAAUGUUAACAUAGAAAGAAUAAGAAACAACUCACACAGAGUUUUCUAAUAUCAAAAUAUAGCAAUUUAUUCAAGACACUGAAUAUGAUCUGCUGAUUCUCUCCUUGAAACAAAUGAACUACAACACACAAGGUGAUUUGCUGAGAGAGAAAAAGAAUGUGUGCACGAGAGGGGAUGGGGUGUGUGGACAAAACAGGAGGUGGGGGAAGAUGUCGUUUCAACAGAACCUGGGAAAUGCUGAAUGAGACCCAAGUCUGGCUUCAAGUCUGACACAGACAAUAAAACUUGGGAAGCCAGAAUUCAGAAUAUCAGUGAGUGGCUGAAGGAACAAUUCUGCAAUGGACAAAGAACCACAUUUUUAAAAGGCAAAAAAAAAAAAAAAAAAAGGACAACAGUAACCCUCCUGCCAAAAAAACCAAAGACGACCCUUACAUUUGACAAAGUGCACUUCACUUGGCUCAAAAAUUAGCUAGUUUAUUUUUUUAAAGAAAAAAAAUGCAAUUUCUAAUAUGUAUUAGGGGCUUUUUUUUUUUUGUUAUACCCUAGAAGUACUGGGGCUUAUGAAGCCCCACACAGGGACCCAGUGUUUACCAUGCUAAAGAUGUAGCACCUUCCUCUCAGAGGGCACUUGCUGAUCUAUUCAGAGUGCUGAGUGUCUCAGGUAAAGGUAAAAUCCAAUAGAAAUUGCUGUAUUACACCAGAAUUGCUUACAAAGAAAAGGGGGACAACAAUUAGCAAUUUCAAAAUCCCAGCAGCUGUUUUGUUGGCUUAAACCUGUAUUUAGAAUUCCCAUCUUAUUUCCUCUACCAUUUCUUGGGCAGUGGAGCAGCAGUCCAGUUCACUGAAAAAGUGAGAACACUGCAAAGCAGGACUAUAGAGGCACUAAUGUAGUUCUAUUUGGAAACAGAGAUGGCCAUUCUAAAAUAAAAUAUUCCAUACCCCAUAAAACUGAAUAUGUUGCUUGCAGUCCUAUUAUUUAAAAUAGACAUUUGUUUUUUAAAAAACAAACACCUCAUUUUUGAAUAAAAUGGUAUAGUCAGACCAUUAAACAAUAUUUCUGGAAAUAUUUUUGCAAGACAAAUGUUGACAUAAAAAACCUGUAACUAUUUGGAUACAUAAAUCAGAAAAGAAUAUCUAUUUUUAAAACUCUAAACUUCUCAAGUACAGCAGUGAUACUUUCCAUCACUAAGUCCUGGCAAUGAAAUUAAACCAUGCAAACAGUGUUUUUUCCUGCAGAAAACUAUUCAAAAAGAAUCAGCACCCUGAAAUGUGUUUUAGCAAAUUGCCUUUUAUGAGGAGGAGAUAAAAUGGAAACUGCAUCUUUAAAUUGUAUCAGAUUCUAUCAGAAUUGUUCUUCUGAAUGACUAAUACAACCCAGUCUACAUCUGGUGGACAUUUUAUGCUUCUAAAAUGUUUAACAUAAAAAAUACUUUCUUCUUCUUCCAAAAAUACACUUGGUUCUUUCUUUUUCAAAAAGUCAUCCUUUCUCCUGUAAAAAGCUUUCCCGGCACUGCAUUCUUACAUAAAGCACUUAUUACACAAUUUGCUGAAGGUGCCCUUGAGACUAAGUUCUGAAGCAUGGAAGUACUUUUAAAAAAAGGCAUAAGAAUAAGAAUCUGGGAUUGGGUAGGAAGAGAGAGGAAAGAUGGGGGCGAGAAAGAGGAAACAACAAGCAGUCUCUUACAACUUUUCAUUUGACCCACCUGGCUGCAUUUACUGUGGGCAUAAAGGGGGGGGGGGACACAGACACAAACCAAAGAGAAAAAAGGGCAGAAAGAAAGAGAGGAAGAAUUCAGUUCAAACAUAAGCCUGUGAUCCUCAAGGCUAUAAUAUUCCAGCUGAUAGAAAAAACAACCCACUGAACAAAUAAAAGUAGUCUAGAAAAUAGAAAGUGUUGUGAUUACAAAGUUGUGUGUGUUAUCAGUACAAACUGGUCUUCAAACGUCCUUUGGGAGAGCAACUGUAGUGUCCAGAUUGGAAGGAAAAAAAUACAACACCACAUGGAGGAGGAUUCUUUUUCCCAUUUUGGUUUAUCAAAGCAUUUUGCUUUAUAGGUUAUUAUUAUUUUUAUUUUAUUAUUAUUUUUUGGCACAGCUUUUUGUCUUUUCUUCUGCAGCCCUCAAAGCGAGUUCUCAGAGACCCAAACCAAACAGUGCAGGGUUUUGAGCUCGUGCUGGCCUCCUGCUUCCACAGGCUGUAGGUUCCAGGUGUAAACCACCCCCAUCCCCUCGCACUAAGUGAUUGUGUUUUAACUCCUUGGUAAAAGUUAUGGACAAAACAUUGCAGGCUUCUGUCACCUGGGAGAGAGGCUUUUGUUUUACACCCUAGCUUCUUCUUUUUUCCUUUUCUGUUUCUGUCCCCCAGUUCUUGCAGUUCCUAGAGAUGUUAAGAAUAGUUCUGAAGAUUGCUUCUACCCACACAUUCAAUGCUGGUCCAUUUGCAAUUUCUUCUAAAACAUUUACUUUCGCAGGUCUAGAACACAAACCUAGAAAGCACAGAGAAGACAACAGAUUUAAGCUGACAAUAAAAACUUUGUUGAGAGCUGUCAAGAUUGUUCUCUCAGGCUCUGGGUUGUAAUUCUAACUGAUAAUGAUCAGGGCAAACAGCAAAGAAUAUAGUUAGUUGGUGAAGGACUUAGUUCCUCUUUGCAUCACAGAGGAGCAAGCACGAGGGAAUGUGUGAUCUCUGUACUCCACACACAGGCCCUGAUACUUGUAGGCCAAACCAAAACAGUGCCUCAAAACAAAAGCCAAAGCAACAACAACAAGAAGGAAGGGAGAAGGUUGUUCAGAGCUGUGUGAAGAUAUGCUACAUGUAUUUUUUCUGCCACAUGAAGAGGCUCCUCACUCACUAUGGGAUCUGGCCUUUGUUUCAUGGAUAUGCUAGAAGUUCCCAGAUACACAAAGAUCGGUUAAAUGAUUCACAACACUGAAUUCAACAGGGGUGACAAACAUCGAACUAAAUUAUUGAAAAUAUUCAGCUGAAUUCAGAUGCACUGAGGGACACUUAAUUCCUCUAGAGAUGUUGCCCACUCACACCCAGAUCUCUGACUUGCAAGGGAGAAUCAUCUCACAACAGGGACAUUAUCAUGUGCUGGAUGAAUUUAACAGUGACAAUCAAAAGCAUGUUUAAAAAGGCUUACUGAUCCAUCCGAUGCACUGGCUCCCACUUUGUCUCCUCUAGCAUUCCAACAGACUUCAAAUAUUCCUCCAGUGCCUCUGUAACUAUGUACUAGAGUUCCACUCUUUAAAACAAACAAACAAACAAACAAACAAACAAACAAAAAUUAAAUCACCAUCAUAAUAUAUACGUGAAAUGUUUAUUGCUCUAUUUUGUUUCAAUAUGGGCAUUUUGAAGAAACAGAAAUAAUAAUCACAGUUUCAGCCUAGGGUCACAGAUCACCCUUGAAAAAGUGGCUAGGUGAUUUGCGUCUGUGGUCCACAAUGUAUAGGCUAGAAUCUUGCUCCUCUCAGGAAGAAAGGCUACAUCAGGUUCUGUCAAGAUUCUCAAUGCCCCUUUUGGCAGCCACCAACUGCCACAUCCCCUUAACCAUUCUUGUGCAGAGUUACAGCUAUAGCUUAUUUCCUAACUUCCUGGGGUGUUUUUUUUGGCAGAUGUAGGGGGAAGCCAGAGCUCAGUAGCAGUGCACAUGACAGUCCCAUUUGUAUGGGUCUAACUCAGUAUAAGGCAGUUUCAUAUGUUCUUCAUAAGUCCUACUAAACACGUUAUAUUCAAUACUUGUUCUAUGACUGUACAGUAUACACAAGUGUGUUAAUCACAUGUUUUGUUGAUUGUAGACAUGUACCUACGUACAAAUGUCUGUAUGCUCAUACAUCAUAAUGUCUGAAUAGGACUAUAUAUUCAAAGGUAUUUGGUGACAGAGCAAUGGCAGAUUUUUUUGGAUAAAACUUGUUUCUUUGCGCCAGCUUGACUUCCAGCCUGAUUAUGUAGAGAGAAAUAGUGUUUGACAUAUUUAUCUGAUUAACAACGGGUGAAAUUCCUUCCCAUUACUAGUAAAGUUUUCAGAAGCUUUCAACACUAUGAAUUAGAAUCUUGUAUUAUUGGGAAAUCUAUCUGGCACAAAGAAUUCGAUAAAUCCUGGAAACAGUUAGCACACUGCAGAAAGUAAUUGUUUUUCUAAGGUGUUUAUGUACACUAUUCAUCUUGUUUUAGCUCCCAGCUGAGAGUGGAUGACACCCGCUCUGAUGUGAUCUUUCACUCAAGUGAAUUUCAUUUAUGCCUUGUCCACUAAUGUGACACACUUAUUCCUCUCAUUGCUGGACUUUCUGUCUUCAUUUUGUAAUAACAUCCAUUCCCCCUCUCCCUGCUCCCAAAUUGAACUGAACACUUCUUGCAUUUGAAAAAGUGGGCCCAUGAAAUAUAUUGUUUGUCUUUAGUGCUUUAUAUAAAUAUAUUGUUUAUAUAAAUAUAUAUAUUAGUCUUUAGCACUUACUUUAUGACAACUCUGUUUAUUUCAUUUAUUUAUUUAAUAAAUGUGUAUACCACCCA